GACGAGAGAGAAGCUAGUGAGUUCAAGUUUGUGUGAAGAUGAGUCGAAUGUGGUUGGUCAACUGCGCGAAGAGUUGACGUCUUGUUAUGAACAGAUAGUGAAGCUGUCUAGAUCGGUGGAGGAGAGUGAUGCUUCGUUGAUGGAUGUCCGGCGUUUGUUGACUGUGAAGGAGAGUGAAGUGGCGGAUCUGAGAGAGGAGAAGCGUCAUUUACGAGACGAAUUGAAUGAGUUGAGGGAGACUGUAGAGGCAGAACGACGUGAUUUGGACAUAAUGCGUGCAAAUAUGGAUGUGUUGGAGAGCAAGGAAGAGGUGUCGGCGAUGUGCGUGGAGUGUCGUGGACCGAACGUUGCUGCUGCUGCUGCUGCUGCUGCUGUGGAGGAGGAGUGUGUGCAGACGGAGAUUGACGACGAAGUUUUUGACCUGGUGUCGACGUUGCAGCUCGAGGUUGCCCAUCUGCGUGAGGAAAAUGCGGCGACGUUGGCGGCUCUGGAGCGUUCACAGCUCGAGUUGAGCAUGAAACAGACCGAAGUGCAGGAACCGGAGUCACGUAUGAUGGUGAACGAGACAACUUGUUGGAUUCCUUGUGAGACUGUGAGAAAGGCGCCCGAUGUGGUUGUCCGUGAGUUGGCAGAGGUUGAUGACACAGACAGAGUGGAGGCAGACGUGUUUGCCGGAGUUCCUGACAUGCAGCUGGUGGAGACUGUUGCAAGCGACUCAGUGUCAGGCAUUGUGCCUGAUCGAAUGGACAGGCAAACUACGGACUUGUGUGUUGAGGGCGUUUCGAACGAGGAAGUGGUCUUGCCCAUUCACGCCACUCAGAGUUGGACGAAACCGCCGAGUGAACAAGACAAUGACGAUCCCGAACUUGCCCUGUUGAAUACAGACAGCCUAAGAGCGCGAUUGAAGGAGGCCAUGAGCAGAAUCUGCGAACUUGAGAAUGCCAAGACAGAGUUGAGUGUGCGUCUGCGUGAGCUGGAAGGCGUUAUGAUGUGUGAAGAUAAGCCGAUGGAUGUGAUGCCUCUUAGUUCUCGUGUGCCUGACCGGUCGAUGAAAGUGACGGAGGAAGCUGAUGCACUGUGGAAGCACAACAAAGAGCUGAUGACAGAGGUAGACUUGUUACGAAGUAAGAUUUCAGAGCGCGUGACACUGUUGGACGAUGUGUGCAUGGAGAUGGAUGAGGUCAGAGGAUCACUGGGUUUCUUGUUGAAGCAGGUGAGAGAAUUGCGUGCAGCACAUGCUGAGGCGAAUGCUGACCGCGCCGAAAUGGCGAACAGAAUGAGUGAGUACGAACGGGUUUCACAUCGCCUGUGCGAAACAGUUGGUCGAUCCACGUCACCAGUGCAAGACAUCGACUAUGCACACGAAGGCUCGUCGACUGACCGUUGCACAUCAGACGGGUUGCGAGAGGAUUUGCAGCGUGCACUGGAUACACAAUCGUCCGAGCUGGAGGCAGUCACUGAGAAACUGAAAGAAUGUGAGUCAAUGAACAAUGCCCUGAUCUGUGAGUGUGAGUCGCUGAAGCGUCGUCUAGAGAGUUAUAUGACUGUGAUUACUGACUUGGAGAAUGAUGUGACCAAGACGAAAGCACUGUUGGCGUUUGUGGUUGACCAUAUAAGAGGUCUGCGUUCCGACUAUGGAGAUUGGUGCAGAGAGCACGAACAACGAGUGCAGGAGUGUUUAGAUGCCGUCACAACAGGGUUGUCCCAUGGUGUGGUUGAACACGUGGACCGUGAGUGUGAGACAAUGACAUGGCCAGAACACUUGGAGUCUACUGUUAUGCUUGAUAGCUUUGUGCGACUACAAGAGUCUCAUGAAGUGACGUCGAUGCAGAGAGGCCAAGAUUGGGAUUCGGUAAGUGAGAUGAGCAGACUGUGCGACCGGAACCGUGAGCUGUCUGAGGAGCUCUGCAAGUGUCGAGACCUGUGUGAUAAGCAGGCAUCUGAGAUGGUGUUUAUGCAAACAGCUCUUCGUCAGGCAGUCGAACAGGCGUCAACUGCCCGAGAGGAACUGGAGGCCUAUAGACACGAGAAGGUUUGCGCAAUGUCAGAUCUGGAGAGUCAACUGUCUGCUUCUCGUGACGAGUGUUCUGCACUACGGGAUCAAGUGUGUCGGCUUGAGACAUCGAUGGAAGAGCAUUGCAACACUGUGUUGGCGAUAGCCAGUCGAGACUGGGAGUCGCGCGUAAACGAAAUUGUGAGAGAACGCGACACAGCCAUGAAAGAGUUGUUGGAACUGCGUAGUAGGUUGGAUAUGGCAGACGAUGUGGACGCCAGUUUGGCAAAAACAGUGUGCAGAAGUGACAUGGGAACUGACGUGCUAGAUCGUAUGAUUGAACGUGAUAUAGCUUUGUCAUCAGGGUUCACUAGUGAUACGAGAGAGACUGUGAGCGUGGGCGUUGGUAAAGAUGCAGAGGACGACGAGUUGAAUUGCAUGGUUGUUGACGGUUGGAGCGACUACUCCUCAGAAUGCAUACACGACGAGCACAAGCCUAGUGUGUCGGUUGGUUCUCCGACUAGACUUGUGAGUGUGGCGACUCAAGCGACAGACAGCGUGUCUUGGUUGGCUACUGACACAUUGUCAACUUCAGGAUUUACCGAUCAGUCGACCGUAGAUCAGUCGACCAGGAGUCCAGUGGAGAUGACGAGAGAGAAGCUAGUGAGUUCAAGUUUGUGUGAAGAUGAGUCGAAUGUGGUUGGUCAACUGCGCGAAGAGUUGACAUCUUGUUAUGAACAGAUAGUGAAGCUGUCUAGAUCGGUGGAGGAGAGUGAUGCUUCGUUGAUGGAUGUCCGGCGUUUGUUGACUGUGAAGGAGAGUGAAGUGGCGGAUCUGAGAGAGGAGAAGCGUCAUUUACGAGACGAAUUGAAUGAGUUGAGGGAGACUGUAGAGGCAGAACGACGUGAUUUGGACAUAAUGCGUGCAAAUAUGGAUGUGUUGGAGAGCAAGGAAGAGGUGUCGGCGAUGUGCGUGGAGUGUCGUGGACCGAACGUUGCUGCUGCUGCUGCUGCUGCUGCUGCUGCUGUGGAGGAGGAGUGUGUGCAGACGGAGAUUGACGACGAAGUUUUUGACCUGGUGUCGACGUUGCAGCUCGAGGUUGCCCAUCUGCGUGAGGAAAAUGCGGCGACGUUGGCGGCUCUGGAGCGUUCACAGCUCGAGUUGAGCAUGAAACAGACCGAAGUGCAGGAACCGGAGUCACGUAUGAUGGUGAACGAGACAACUUGUUGGAUUCCUUGUGAGACUGUGAGAAAGGCGCCCGAUGUGGUUGUCCGUGAGUUGGCAGAGGUUGAUGACACAGACAGAGUGGAGGCAGACGUGUUUGCCGGAGUUCCUGACAUGCAGCUGGUGGAGACUGUUGCAAGCGACUCAGUGUCAGGCAUUGUGCCUGAUCGAAUGGACAGGCAAACUACGGACUUGUGUGUUGAGGGCGUUUCGAACGAGGAAGUGGUCUUGCCCAUUCACGCCACUCAGAGUUGGACGAAACCGCCGAGUGAACAAGACAAUGACGAUCCCGAACUUUCCCUGUUGAAUACAGACAGCCUAAGAGCGCGAUUGAAGGAGGCCAUGAGCAGAAUCUGCGAACUUGAGAAUGCCAAGACAGAGUUGAGUGUGAGUCUGCGUGAGCUGGAAGGCGUUAUGAUGUGUGAAGAUAAGCCGAUGGAUGUGAUGCCUCUUAGUUCUCGUGUGCCUGACCGGUCGAUGAAAGUGACGGAGGAAGCUGAUGCACUGUGGAAGCACAACAAAGAGCUGAUGACAGAGGUAGACUUGUUACGAAGUAAGAUUUCAGAGCGCGUGACACUGUUGGACGAUGUGUGCAUGGAGAUGGAUGAGGUCAGAGGAUCACUGGGUUUCUUGUUGAAGCAGGUGAGAGAAUUGCGUGCAGCACAUGCUGAGGCGAAUGCUGACCGCGCCGAAAUGGCGAACAGAAUGAGUGAGUACGAACGGGUUUCACAUCGCCUGUGCGAAACAGUUGGUCGAUCCACGUCACCAGUGCAAGACAUCGACUAUGCACACGAAGGCUCGUCGACUGACCGUUGCACAUCAGACGGGUUGCGAGAGGAUUUGCAGCGUGCACUGGAUACACAAUCGUCCGAGCUGGAGGCAGUCACUGAGAAACUGAAAGAAUGUGAGUCAAUGAACAAUGCCCUGAUCUGUGAGUGUGAGUCGCUGAAGCGUCGUCUAGAGAGUUAUAUGACUGUGAUUACUGACUUGGAGAAUGAUGUGACCAAGACGAAAGCACUGUUGGCGUUUGUGGUUGACCAUAUAAGAGGUCUGCGUUCCGACUAUGGAGAUUGGUGCAGAGAGCACGAACAACGAGUGCAGGAGUGUUUAGAUGCCGUCACAACAGGGUUGUCCCAUGGUGUGGUUGAACACGUGGACCGUGAGUGUGAGACAAUGACAUGGCCAGAACACUUGGAGUCUACUGUUAUGCUUGAUAGCUUUGUGCGACUACAAGAGUCUCAUGAAGUGACGUCGAUGCAGAGAGGCCAAGAUUGGGAUUCGGUAAGUGAGAUGAGCAGACUGUGCGACCGGAACCGUGAGCUGUCUGAGGAGCUCUGCAAGUGUCGAGACCUGUGUGAUAAGCAGGCAUCUGAGAUGGUGUUUAUGCAAACAGCUCUUCGUCAGGCAGUCGAACAGGCGUCAACUGCCCGAGAGGAACUGGAGGCCUAUAGACACGAGAAGGUUUGCGCAAUGUCAGAUCUGGAGAGUCAACUGUCUGCUUCUCGUGACGAGUGUUCUGCACUACGGGAUCAAGUGUGUCGGCUUGAGACAUCGAUGGAAGAGCAUUGCAACACUGUGUUGGCGAUAGCCAGUCGAGACUGGGAGUCGCGCGUAAACGAAAUUGUGAGAGAACGCGACACAGCCAUGAAAGAGUUGUUGGAACUGCGUAGUAGGUUGGAUAUGGCAGACGAUGUGGACGCCAGGUUGGCAAAAACAGUGUGCAGAAGUGACAUGGGAACUGACGUGCUAGAUCGUAUGAUUGAACGUGAUAUAGCUUUGUCAUCAGGGUUCACUAGUGAUACGAGAGAGACUGUGAGCGUGGGCGUUGGUAAAGAUGCAGAGGACGACGAGUUGAAUUGCAUGGUUGUUGACGGUUGGAGCGACUACUCCUCAGAAUGCAUACACGACGAGCACAAGCCUAGUGUGUCGGUUGGUUCUCCGACUAGACUUGUGAGUGUGGCGACUCAAGCGACAGACAGCGUGUCUUGGUUGGCUACUGACACAUUGUCAACUUCAGGAUUUACCGAUCAGUCGACCGUAGAUCAGUCGACCAGGAGUCCAGUGGAGAUGACGAGAGAGAAGCUAGUGAGUUCAAGUUUGUGUGAAGAUGAGUCGAAUGUGGUUGGUCAACUGCGCGAAGAGUUGACAUCUUGUUAUGAACAGAUAGUGAAGCUGUCUAGAUCGGUGGAGGAGAGUGAUGCUUCGUUGAUGGAUGUCCGGCGUUUGUUGACUGUGAAGGAGAGUGAAGUGGCGGAUCUGAGAGAGGAGAAGCGUCAUUUACGAGACGAAUUGAAUGAGUUGAGGGAGACUGUAGAGGCAGAACGACGUGAUUUGGACAUAAUGCGUGCAAAUAUGGAUGUGUUGGAGAGCAAGGAAGAGGUGUCGGCGAUGUGCGUGGAGUGUCGUGGACCGAACGUUGCUGCUGCUGCUGCUGCUGCUGCUGUGGAGGAGGAGUGUGUGCAGACGGAGAUUGACGACGAAGUUUUUGACCUGGUGUCGACGUUGCAGCUCGAGGUUGCCCAUCUGCGUGAGGAAAAUGCGGCGACGUUGGCGGCUCUGGAGCGUUCACAGCUCGAGUUGAGCAUGAAACAGACCGAAGUGCAGGAACCGGAGUCACGUAUGAUGGUGAACGAGACAACUUGUCGGAUUCCUUGUGAGACUGUGAGAAAGGCGCCCGAUGUGGUUGUCCGUGAGUUGGCAGAGGUUGAUGACACAGACAGAGUGGAGGCAGACGUGUUUGCCGGAGUUCCUGACAUGCAGCUGGUGGAGACUGUUGCAAGCGACUCAGUGUCAGGCAUUGUGCCUGAUCGAAUGGACAGGCAAACUACGGACUUGUGUGUUGAGGGCGUUUCGAACGAGGAAGUGGUCUUGCCCAUUCACGCCACUCAGAGUUGGACGAAACCGCCGAGUGAACAAGACAAUGACGAUCCCGAACUUUCCCUGUUGAAUACAGACAGCCUAAGAGCGCGAUUGAAGGAGGCCAUGAGCAGAAUCUGCGAACUUGAGAAUGCCAAGACAGAGUUGAGUGUGAGUCUGCGUGAGCUGGAAGGCGUUAUGAUGUGUGAAGAUAAGCCGAUGGAUGUGAUGCCUCUUAGUUCUCGUGUGCCUGACCGGUCGAUGAAAGUGACGGAGGAAGCUGAUGCACUGUGGAAGCACAACAAAGAGCUGAUGACAGAGGUAGACUUGUUACGAAGUAAGAUUUCAGAGCGCGUGACACUGUUGGACGAUGUGUGCAUGGAGAUGGAUGAGGUCAGAGGAUCACUGGGUUUCUUGUUGAAGCAGGUGAGAGAAUUGCGUGCAGCACAUGCUGAGGCGAAUGCUGACCGCGCCGAAAUGGCGAACAGAAUGAGUGAGUACGAACGGGUUUCACAUCGCCUGUGCGAAACAGUUGGUCGAUCCACGUCACCAGUGCAAGACAUCGACUAUGCACACGAAGGCUCGUCGACUGACCGUUGCACAUCAGACGGGUUGCGAGAGGAUUUGCAGCGUGCACUGGAUACACAAUCGUCCGAGCUGGAGGCAGUCACUGAGAAACUGAAAGAAUGUGAGUCAAUGAACAAUGCCCUGAUCUGUGAGUGUGAGUCGCUGAAGCGUCGUCUAGAGAGUUAUAUGACUGUGAUUACUGACUUGGAGAAUGAUGUGACCAAGACGAAAGCACUGUUGGCGUUUGUGGUUGACCAUAUAAGAGGUCUGCGUUCCGACUAUGGAGAUUGGUGCAGAGAGCACGAACAACGAGUGCAGGAGUGUUUAGAUGCCGUCACAACAGGGUUGUCCCAUGGUGUGGUUGAACACGUGGACCGUGAGUGUGAGACAAUGACAUGGCCAGAACACUUGGAGUCUACUGUUAUGCUUGAUAGCUUUGUGCGACUACAAGAGUCUCAUGAAGUGACGUCGAUGCAGAGAGGCCAAGAUUGGGAUUCGGUAAGUGAGAUGAGCAGACUGUGCGACCGGAACCGUGAGCUGUCUGAGGAGCUCUGCAAGUGUCGAGACCUGUGUGAUAAGCAGGCAUCUGAGAUGGUGUUUAUGCAAACAGCUCUUCGUCAGGCAGUCGAACAGGCGUCAACUGCCCGAGAGGAACUGGAGGCCUAUAGACACGAGAAGGUUUGCGCAAUGUCAGAUCUGGAGAGUCAACUGUCUGCUUCUCGUGACGAGUGUUCUGCACUACGGGAUCAAGUGUGUCGGCUUGAGACAUCGAUGGAAGAGCAUUGCAACACUGUGUUGGCGAUAGCCAGUCGAGACUGGGAGUCGCGCGUAAACGAAAUUGUGAGAGAACGCGACACAGCCAUGAAAGAGUUGUUGGAACUGCGUAGUAGGUUGGAUAUGGCAGACGAUGUGGACGCCAGGUUGGCAAAAACAGUGUGCAGAAGUGACAUGGGAACUGACGUGCUAGAUCGUAUGAUUGAACGUGAUAUAGCUUUGUCAUCAGGGUUCACUAGUGAUACGAGAGAGACUGUGAGCGUGGGCGUUGGUAAAGAUGCAGAGGACGACGAGUUGAAUUGCAUGGUUGUUGACGGUUGGAGCGACUACUCCUCAGAAUGCAUACACGACGAGCACAAGCCUAGUGUGUCGGUUGGUUCUCCGACUAGACUUGUGAGUGUGGCGACUCAAGCGACAGACAGCGUGUCUUGGUUGGCUACUGACACAUUGUCAACUUCAGGAUUUACCGAUCAGUCGACCGUAGAUCAGUCGACCAGGAGUCCAGUGGAGAUGACGAGAGAGAAGCUAGUGAGUUCAAGUUUGUGUGAAGAUGAGUCGAAUGUGGUUGGUCAACUGCGCGAAGAGUUGACGUCUUGUUAUGAACAGAUAGUGAAGCUGUCUAGAUCGGUGGAGGAGAGUGAUGCUUCGUUGAUGGAUGUCCGGCGUUUGUUGACUGUGAAGGAGAGUGAAGUGGCGGAUCUGAGAGAGGAGAAGCGUCAUUUACGAGACGAAUUGAAUGAGUUGAGGGAGACUGUAGAGGCAGAACGACGUGAUUUGGACAUAAUGCGUGCAAAUAUGGAUGUGUUGGACAGCAAAGAAGUGAUGUCUGAUUUACGGUCUCGUCGUGUUAUUUUGUUAGAUCAACUUGGUUUUUAUGAUAAUUCUGAGGUCGACGGUGCGCAUCGUUUAUUUUUACAUGAUGAGCUUUCAGAUCUUAAGCAGAAAUUCUCAAGAAUUUCAAUGUCUUUAGCAUUCGCUACGGAUUUUGUUGAUUUAUGUAUGAAGUUUCUUUUAGUUUUUGUGAAUUUACUUUUGGAUUUAUCUAGAUUUUCAAGUACCAAUUUUGAUCGUAUAAUGUGUGCUGAUUUUAUAGAUCUUUUGUCAAAUAUUGUUUCUUUUUUAAAAUCUUCUAAUUUUGUUGAUGUUUUUGGUGAUUAUUCUAAUAGUUUGACAUAUUUCAGUAAUCUACAUGAACUACUGUUUUCCGGUUGUCUAUCUUCCUGCAGUUUAUGUAAAAUCCAAGACGUUUGUCAUCGUAGUUUUAUAUGUAAUUUAUGUGUUCGUUGUAUUUCUUCUAUCCAACAUCCUGAUAUUUACAAUUACAUAUUAAAAGCACAAUAUCCUCACAUUAAUCCAAUGAAUGGUACCGAUGAUAAUGAUUAUGAUGAUCAUGAUCAUGAUGUGAAUGCUUCUGGUGAUUUGUUAUCUGAUCAUCAUUCUAAUACAAUUUAUCCACAACUUAUAUCACAACAAUCAAUAACUGAUAAAACUCAACAAAUUGAUCUUGAACAUCAACUUCUUAUUGCUAAAUCAGAAAUAAAUCGAUUAUCUCAUUUAUUAUAUAAUAUAAGACUAAAUAGACAUCAUGAACAAGAAGAAGUCAAAGAAGAAGAGAAAGAAGAAAAAGAAGAAAAACAAAUACAAAAGAAAUUCAAUAAUGAUACACAGUUAGAAAUUGAAAAAAUUUAUUAUGAAAAUUUAUAUUUAAAUAAACAAAAUAAUCAAUUAAUAAUAAUCAAUAAUCAAUUAUAUCAUAAAAUAUUGAAUGAAAUUACAAAAGAAUUAAACAUAUUCAAAUCAUUAAUCAAUAAUAAUAAUAAUAAAUCAAUAUCCAAUGAAGAAUCAAUUGAAUGUAAUCAAUACUUUAAAUUUAUUGAUUAUUUAUUAAAUAAUAGAAAAGAAUUAAUCAAAGAAAUUAUUGAUUAUAAAAAUCAUUAUCAUAUCAUUUAUCAAUUAUUAAUUGAAGGUUUAUAUUUAAAUAAAAUAAAUGAAUUAAAACAAACUACAAAUCAAUAUUGUUAUUGGAAGAAAGUAGAAAAUAUUAUUCAUUCUAAUAAUGAUUUAAUAUCAAGAUAUAGUUCUAUAGAAACUGAAUCCAAUGUACUUGUUCCACCACCACCAUCAUCAUUAUCACCACCACCUCCACCACCGCCACCACCACCACCACAACAACAACAACAAGAACAAUUAUACGAAUUCAAUAAUUCUAUAUUACAAACUGGUCAUUGUUUACUGAAUAAAAUAAAUAAAAUCAUAACAAAAAUUGAAAAGAUUGAAAUGGAUUUAAACAAUUCAAAAUGUAUUCAACAACAAUUGAUUGAUUUGAAAAUAAUCAAUAAUCAAUGGAAAAUCAAUAUGAAUAUAAUAUUGAAUAAUUUAUUGAUUUUACAAAAUAAAAUCAAUAAUGAUCAUGAUACAGCAACCAUAACUACAACAUCAAUACCAAUGACUUGUAAUCAUUUGAAUGAUGAAUUAAAUCAUCAUGAUAAUUAUUCUAUAAAUAUAUUAAAUCCAAAUGAAAUUAUGCCAAUAUUUAAUAUAUUGAUUCAAGAUUUCCAAACUUAUAUCAAUAGAAUAAGUAUUAUAGAAAAUCAAUAUAAUUUAUUAAAUGAUAAAUUAAAUCAAUUAAAUAAACAAUGUAAUAAACUUCAUAUUGAAAUGAUUCAAUUACAAUCAUCAAUUAAUAAUGAAACAAUUAUCAUAGAUAACUUAGUAACUAAUAAUUUAGUUACUAUGUCAACUGCAUCAAUCAACAUAACUAAUGAUAAUGAUACAGAGAAUCUUUCUAUCAAUAUAGAGAUUGAAAAUAUCAUGGAAAAAAUUAAACUAUAUACAAAUCAAUUAAAUUCCAUUAGAAAACAGAUGAUACAACAAAUAGAACAAAAGAAUACUGAACAAAUCAAAGCAUUAGAUGAUGAUGAUGAUGAAGAUAAUACUAAUGUAGAAAAUGAAGUAAAAGAAGAUAUUUACAUAUCAAAUCAAUAUAUACUUGAUAAAGAAAUAUUUUUGAACGAGAAAAGUAAAACUAUUGAAUGUAUUGAUAAUAAACAUCAGAAAGAUACUCUUAUUAUUGAUUCUACAGAUGAAGUGAUAUCACUUUUAACUGAAGUACCUAUUCCACCUGAUGUACAUUUGAUAAGUGACGAGAAGCAAUCACUUAAUUCUUUUGAUGUGAGAAGAAUAGUUGAAGAAGAUUUCAAUGUCAAUGUGACAGAAACAAGUGUACUGGAUAUAAGAAGAGAUUAUUCUACUAAUGAAUUGAAAGAUACUCCUCUUAUUGAUUCUACAGAUGAAGUGAUAUCACUAUUAAAUAAAGUACCUAUUCCACCUGAUGUAAAUUUGUUAAGUGAUGAGAAACAAUCACAUGAUUCUUCUGAUGUCCGUAGAAUAGUUGAAGAAGAUUUCAAUGUCAAUGACACAGAACAAAGCUUACUAGAUAUAAGAAGAGAUAAUUCUACUAAUGAAUUGAAAGAUACUUCUGUUAUUGGUUCUACAGAUGAAAUGAUAUCAUUUUCAACUAAAGUACCUAUUACAAAUGAUGUAGAUCUUAUAAGUGAUGAGAAACAAUCACAUAGUUCUUCUGAUGUUAAUAGAAUUCAUGAUACAGAACAAUUUCAGACUAUUAUUUCAAACAAUUAUACAAAAUCUACUAAUAAUACGGACCAAUAUUCACUCGAGUUUGUUUUACGUUUAUUACAUUUACGUGAUACGGAACUAUUAUACAUCAUCUCAACAAAUAAUAAAUCUGAAGAAGAAGAAUCAAUAAACCAUAAUAAAUAUAAUCUAUCUCCAUCUCUAUUAAACAAUCAAAUUCUCAUAAAAAAACUUAAUAAAUUCAUAUAUUGGGAAAAUAUAGAUCCAAUCGAUAUAAAUAGUAUACCAAUUCAUCGUAUUAAUAUCAAUAUGUUCGAAUCAAAAGAAUCUAUUGAACAACAAAUCGAUAGAAUAUCAUCUACUUCCAAGAAUCAAUUAUUUAUAAAUGUUGAAACAAUAGAAAUGACAAAUCAAUCUAUUGAUCAAAUAUCUUAUCAUGAAGAUAUGGAUUGGUAUGAACAACAUUUGUAUACGUUAGUUCAAAAUGCAUUGAAUGCAUUAAAUCAAAUGAAUCAACAUUUUCUUGAAUCGAGAAAACCAUUAUUAUCUGAACACAGACAAGAAGAGUUAAUCAAUAUCUUGACGAAAUUAUUAACAACUAUCCCAAUAAACAAUAGUAUACAACAACAAACUCAUGAAAAAAAUGUUCAAAAAAGCCUUCAAUCAUCUCCCUCAUUUUCUCCAUGUUUAACAUCAUCAUUAUUAGAAGAACAUCCAGUAUGUAGUACAACUGUUACAAGUAUCACUACAACGACAACUUCAGGAGUUACUUGUUUUAUUCAAACUCUUUCAUCUAUUACACCUACUAAUACCACUACAACUACUACAUCGUUUCCACAAUCUAAACAGAUCUCUGAAAUAUCUGAUUCAUCUAAUUUAAGUUUGACAACAAAUUUAACUUAUCCAAGACGUUCAGAAAAAGCAUCAAUAAAUGAAUUAAUUAGUUCUGUGGAUCAUUUGAGAAAUUUGCAUGAAUUACGCAGUUUAGCCAAAUAUCUUUUAGAUCAAUAUCAUAUUGUUACAUCUGAACUAGACCUUCAGUCUGAUACUAAUUGGUGUUUAAGACAGAGAUUGACAAAUGCAAACAGUCAAUUAAAUCGGUUAACAGGCUUGUUAAAUAAAAGCAGUCAAGGAUUGUCAUCGAUUGAAGAAGAUUUAAGCUUAGGAACGGACAAAACUUCAUUACGUUCAGAACAUUAUGAUGGAAUACGUCAUAAAUCACUUCAACCAACUUAUACUUUAAAUAAUUUACAAGAAAAGAAUAUAACUAGUGGUCGACGUUUAAAUUUCAUUCCUUCCUCUGAUGAACAAUUGAUUAGAUCUAGUUAUUCAUCAUCUAUUCAAACAAUGGGAAAUAAAUCAAUAUUAAAAUCCAAAUCCAAAUCCAAAUCUGAAAUAUCAUCAAUGACAUCAAGAAUUAGUGAUCCUGAUUAUUUUAUAACUCAUGGAAUGUUUAUUCCAAUGAGAAUAAUGCAAUCUAUUUCAUCACAAACGGUAAAACACAAAAAAGUAUCUUGUCUUCCACGGAACACUUUUAGUUGUGGUCCAAUUUUAAAACGUUCCCAUAAACAUCAUCAUCCUUCAUCUAUUGAUGAUACAUAUCAAUCAUUAUCUAAACCAUGUAGUCAUGAUAUUAGUGAUAAAUCCAUUGAAAUUAUUGGUAGAACAAUAACAUCAACACCAUUAUUAACAACAACAUUAACAAAUUCAUCUAAACCAUUAGAUAUUAAGAAUAAUCCAAAUAUACUGAUAUCACAUUGGAAUGAAUUAGAGACAAGUCAACAGAAAUUACCUAAUAUAUCAAUGUCUAUGAUAAAAGAUUAUGAACAUUAUCCAAAUAAAUCUUCAUCUCUAUCAGUUUCUUCAACAAUGAAUAAUGAAAAUGAUAUAAUAUGUAAUGAAAAACAAUCAUUAUUACAUGAAUAUAAUAAUAAUAAUAAUAAUAAUAGUAUUCAUCAAUUACCACAGAGUUCCACAAUAACAAGGACCAUCACCCCCGCCGCCGCCGCCGCCGCCGUCACCACCACCACCACCACAACAACAACAACAAGAAGAAGUCGUUCAUCAUCCUCAACAUCAUCAUCUUUUUCAUUUACAAGUUUUCAUUCACAUCCUUAUUCUAAUGAAAGAAUUCCUAUAAAAUCAAGAAAAAUGAAAUUUCAUUCACGUUUUCUUAAUUUAUUUAAAUCUAAUUUUAAAAAAUGAUCGAUUUUUUAAUUGUUUAGUCUUAUUAUUUUGUUGCGAUUAUCAUCGUUGUUGUUGUUGCUGUCAUCGUCGUCGUCGUUACCAUUAUUGUUGCCAUGACUCAACUAAGAGAAAAAAAACAAAAGAAGAAUAGUAUAAACAACUAGUUUCAUUGUGUUUAAUUCAUGAUAAACUAUGUGUGUGCGUGUGUGUGUAUGUGUGUCAUUUUUCUUUUCUUUUUUUUCUUUUUUUUUUUAAUUGUCAUACAAGUACCUGUGAUGUUCCUUGAUUGAAUUGAUUUUUUUUUGUAAUGUGUGCUAGUUUAUUACUUAAUUAUUCAAUCAUUCAUUUACUCAGUUGAUUUCAUACUGUUUUACACAUAGAUAAACAUUUUCUAGUUUAUUACAUUAUUGAUUUACUCUUAUUAUGAUUAUUAUUAUCUUAUUUUUCUGCUAUAAUAUAUACAUUGAUCUAUUGAAAAGAAAGGAGGGGGGGUACUCUUAAAUGUGUACAGUUCUCUUCUUUGUUUCUUAUAUGAAACUGGAUAUAUCGAUUAUCACUGUUGUUAUUGGGUGUUGUUGUUGUUAUGACUUAUUGUGUACUUGAUCUGAUACAUUUUCGAUCUGCUUAUCAUCAUUUUUGAAAACUGUAAACAUUGUAUUAUGUAAUAGAUUACAGAUAUAUGAUAACAAAAUAUACAAAUUCAAUGAUUUCAUUAUUAGAUGAUUCUAUUUUUUUGGUUUUAUUUUUGUUGUUGUUGUUCUUGUUGUUGCUGGGGUAUAUGAACAGUUAUUUAUUUUAAAUGCUUCUACAUAGAUGAGUAUCAUGUGAAUUCAUGCAUUUUUGAGUUGUUUUUUUUCUUUUCUAUCCAACUCAAUCGUCAUGGUUACUAUGAGAUAUAGUUAUUACAUAGUUACUGUGUGUGUAUAACUAAAUUGCCAAAACUCUUGAUAGCGCCAUUUCUAUCAUUUCAUAAUUGAUUGAUUGAUUGUAUGAAGAAGGGGGGGUGUGCUAGGAAAGUGUUCUAUAUUUCACAGCUUUUGCUUUCAAUUAUAUAUAUAUAUAUAUAUAUGUUACUUUAAUCUUCUUCCUUUUUUCUUCAUUUAUUCAUCCAUUUUCAUAAUAUUUCACGAAUUUAUAUUUUAUUGUUUAAAUAAUGUUUAUAGGCAUAACGAUUAGAAACUACAUUGUUUCUUCUUUAUACUUAUGAUCAAUGUCACUUUCAAUGUUUUACGGUGUUAAAGCGUGUAGCUAUGUCGUUUUUUGUUUUGUUUAAUGCUUACAUCAAUUAUGUGUAUCUGUGUUUGUGUAUCCGUGUGUGUGUGUGCGUGUGUGAGAUCUUGAUCUGUUUUUUUUCUCCUUAGUUAAACAUUGACAUCAGAUCAUUGUUAUGUAACAGUUUUAGGCUGUGAAUAUAAACAUUUGUCAUCAUCAUUAUUGUUGUUACUUAUUCUUGUCAUCAUCAUCAUCAUUUCAUUUUCAUUAUUCAUUUCAUUCGUUCAGAUUCAGUAAAUAAAUAAAUAAAUAUUUUCUGGAU